UCGGGGCGCGGCGGGGGCCGGCUCGGGUCCGUGUCGCUGGCGCUUCCUCCGCCUGUCGCGACAGCAGCGCGGCGAUCAUGGUGGAUUACCACAGCGCGGGGCAGCCCCACCCGUACGGCGGGAACGGGCCCGGCCCCAACGGCGACUACAUGGCCCAGGAGGAUGAUUGGGAUCGGGAUCUGCUCCUGGACCCCGCCUGGGAGAAGCAGCAGCGCAAGACGUUCACGGCCUGGUGCAACUCCCACCUGCGCAAGGCCGGCACGCAGAUCGAGAACAUCGACGAGGAUUUCCGGGACGGGCUCAAGCUGAUGCUGCUGCUCGAGGUCAUCUCAGGGGAGCGGCUCCCGAAGCCCGAGCGGGGCAAGAUGAGGGUGCACAAGAUCAACAACGUCAACAAGGCCCUGGACUUCAUCGCCAGCAAAGGCGUCAAGCUCGUCUCCAUCGGCGCCGAGGAGAUCGUGGACGGGAACGCCAAGAUGACGCUGGGCAUGAUCUGGACGAUCAUCCUGCGCUUCGCCAUCCAGGACAUCUCCGUGGAGGAGACCUCGGCCAAGGAGGGGCUCCUGCUCUGGUGCCAGCGGAAGACGGCGCCCUACAAGAACGUCAACGUCCAGAACUUCCACAUCAGCUGGAAGGACGGGCUGGCCUUCAACGCCCUCAUCCACCGGCACCGCCCGGAGCUGAUCGAGUACGACAAGCUGCGCAAGGACGACCCCGUCACCAACCUCAACAACGCCUUCGAGGUGGCCGAGAAGUACCUGGACAUCCCCAAGAUGCUGGACGCCGAGGAUAUCGUGGGCACGCUGCGGCCCGACGAGAAGGCCAUCAUGACCUACGUCUCCUGCUUCUACCACGCCUUCUCCGGGGCCCAGAAGGCGGAGACGGCGGCGAAUCGGAUCUGCAAAGUUCUGGCCGUGAACCAGGAGAACGAGCAGCUCAUGGAGGACUACGAGCGCCUGGCCUCGGAUGUAAGGGGGGAAAAUCCCAAAUCCCACCCAAAAACACCCCCAAAACCCAAAUCCCACCCCAAAGACACCCCU